GGUGCUCCUAGAGUUGCUGGCCCCGGCACUUCAGUCUCUGAGACCACAGCACCGGGUGCUUCAGGUGGGAUUGGCGACGAAGCCGGCACCUGGUUCCGAGCUCGCGGAAGAGGCUUUUCCGUGCUGGGCUGGGCGGAGUAGGAUCGGCGGGCAGAGUGUCGGAGGGCUGGAUGUCGCCGAGGAACUCCCACGCGUGACCGCGGAAGGCAAGAGUCCCAUUCAGGACAGCCAGCUCCGGGAUAGGCGCACAGCGACCAGCCAGGUCUGCCUUGGGGUGGAAUGAUCGGGGCCGUGUGAGCCGCUAGGCCCAUCCUGACUGACAGUCCCCGACGUGACCGGUUCGGACUGGACAGGAGAGGCCGGUUCGGAGAGUGACCAGUCCAAAGCUAGGCCGAACGAGUGAUCGGCGCGGAAACGGAGCAGUCCUGCUGAGGGAGAGCGGCCGAGCGGCGGAGUCCCGGCCGCACAGCGGGGAGCCGGCCCGGCGGCCCGAGGCAGUGGGCGGGCGGGCCGGGCCAUGGCGGAGCCGGUGCUGCCGCUGGUGGCUCGGCUCAGCUAUGCCGUGGGCCACUUCCUGAACGACCUGUGCGCCUCCAUGUGGUUCACCUACCUGCUGCUGUACCUGCACUCGGUGCAGAGCUACAGCUCCUGGGGCGCCGGCGUCCUGCUGCUGCUGGGCCAGCUGGCUGACGGAGUGUGCACGCCCCUCGUGGGCUACGAGGCGGACCGCUCCGGGGGCUGCUGCGGCCGCUACGGCCCGAGAAAGUCCUGGCAUCUGGUCGGCACCAUCUGUGUCCUGCUCUCCUUCCCGUUCAUUUUUAACCCCUGCCUGGGCUGCACGGCCACCACCCCCGAAUGGGCCGCCCUCGUCUACUACGCCCCUUUCAUCGUGAUCUUCCAGUUUGGCUGGGCAGCCACCCAGAUCUCCCACCUGUCUCUGAUCCCCGAGCUGGUCACCAAUGACCACGAGAAGGUAGAGCUCACAGCCUUCAGGUACGCCUUCACCGUGGUGGCCAACAUUGCUGUGUAUGGGGCCGCCUGGCUGCUUCUCCAUUUCCAGGGGUCCCACUCUGAGGUCCCCGAUUCGGGCCCUGGUGACCAGCUGGGCCUGCAGGACGUGCCGGUGUUUAGGAACCUUUCCUUGAUGGUGGUCGGUGUUGGGGCCGUCUUCUCCCUGCUCUUCCACCUGGGCACCAAGGAGCAUCCCCGGCAGCGGCAGGGCCUCGAGGAGCCCAGCGAGCACAGCCCCUUGCUCCCACCCGCCAGCCGGCCCAUGCUCCUCUGGAAGCACUGGCUGCAGGAGCCCUCCUUCUACCAGGUGGGCAUGCUGUACAUGAGCACGCGGCUCAUUGUGAACCUGUCCCAGACCUACAUGGCCAUGUACCUGACCUACUCCCUCAAGCUGCCCAAGAAGUUCAUCGCGACCAUCCCCCUCGUCAUGUACGUCAGCGGCUUCUUCUCCUCCUUCUUCAUGAAGCCGGUGAAUAAGUGCAUCGGUCGGAAUCUGACCUACUUUGUCGGCCUCUUGGUUAUCCUGGCCUUUGCCUCCUGGGUGGCGCUGGCCAGCUUUCUGGGCGUCGCGGUCUACGGCGCGGCGGUGCUCCUGGGCGUCGGCUCCGCCACCAUCCUGGUCAUGUCCCUGUCCAUGACGGCCGACCUCAUUGGCAGCCACACGAACAGCGGGGCCUUUGUGUACGGCGCCAUGAGCUUCUCAGACAAGGUAGCCAACGGGCUGGCUGUGAUGGUCAUCCAGAGCCUGUACCCCUGCUCCUCGGACCUGUGCUGUGCGGCCUGCGUGGGCUUCUACCACUGGGUGAUGGUGGCCGUGACCGGAGGCGUGGCCGUGGCCGCCGCCCUCUGUCUCUGCAGCAUCUUUCUCUGGCCCAUCCAAGUUCGAUUCUAUGAUCCAUCUGGGCCCGGCCCCGAUGAAGGUGCAACUGGACCAACCUCAGGAGCCUUCCAGGACAACGCCGUCAACUGAACACUCAGGGUAUCUCAGGUGCACAUGGACCGUCCUCCCCUCCCUGGCUCCUGGGACUCGGAUCCCAGAGGCUUCUGCCGUGGACCACCCCCAGCUGGCCUGGGGAAUUCUGGUUGUUUCUCCGGCCUGUUUCUCUGGCCAGGACCUGGGCUGGUAGCUGUUUAUACAGAAUGUUGGACUAAUAAAUAAAAUCCCACUGGGAGUGUGGGAGUCUCACA